GGUGGGGGGCAGAGAAUGUGAAGCUCCAGACGCUGGCACCCGCCGCCAAGUCGCCGCGGUGGCUGCCGGGAUGCGCCGCAGCGAAUGGUCGCGCCGGGCGCCGCUCUGAGUGACCUUUCACCCGCGCCCAGCGGUUCCGGGCGGCAGCACAAGGCGGUAGCCAUGGCGGAGGCGGCGGCUGCAGCGGGUGGGACUGGCUCGGGCGCGGGUGCGAGCUACGGGUCUGCAGCGGACCGGCACCGGGACCCGGACCGCGCCGGGCGGAGGCUGCGGGUUCUCUCUGGCCAUCUGCUGGGCCGGCCCCGGGAGGCUCUGAGUACCAAUGAGUGCAAAGCGCGGAGAGCAGCGUCGGCGGCCACGGCGGCGCCCACGGCCACUCCCGCCGCGCAGGAGUCGGGCACCAUCCCAAAGAAGCGGCAAGAAGUUAUGAAAUGGAAUGGAUGGGGAUAUAAUGAUUCUAAAUUCAUCUUCAAUAAGAAGGGCCAAAUUGAAUUGACUGGGAAAAGGUACCCUCUUAGUGGCAUGGGUCUACCAACAUUUAAAGAAUGGAUCCAAAAUACCCUUGGAGUAAAUGUGGAGCAUAAAACUACCUCUAAAGCAUCCUUAAAUCCUAGUGAUACACCUCCUUCUGUUGUAAAUGAAGAUUUUCUUCAUGACCUUAAAGAAACUAAUAUUUCUUAUUCACAAGAGGCAGAUGAUCGAGUAUUUAGAGCUCAUGGUCAUUGUCUUCAUGAGAUAUUUUUGCUCAGGGAAGGAAUGUUUGAGCGAAUUCCUGAUAUAGUUUUAUGGCCAACAUGCCAUGAUGAUGUAGUUAAGAUUGUGAAUCUAGCUUGCAAAUAUAAUCUUUGUAUCAUACCAAUUGGUGGAGGAACAAGUGUUUCAUAUGGCCUGAUGUGUCCUGCAGAUGAGACAAGAACAAUUAUUUCUUUGGACACUUCACAAAUGAAUCGAAUUCUCUGGGUUGAUGAGAACAAUUUGACAGCUCAUGUAGAGGCUGGCAUAACAGGACAAGAGUUGGAAAGACAGCUUAAAGAAAGUGGUUAUUGUACAGGUCAUGAACCAGAUUCCCUGGAGUUCAGUACUGUAGGAGGAUGGGUAUCUACUCGGGCAUCAGGCAUGAAGAAGAAUAUCUAUGGCAAUAUCGAGGACCUGGUGGUUCAUAUAAAAAUGGUAACACCUAGAGGUAUAAUAGAAAAAAGCUGUCAAGGACCUCGUAUGUCAACAGGCCCUGAUAUCCAUCACUUCAUCAUGGGAUCUGAAGGAACUCUUGGUGUAAUAACAGAAGCUACAAUAAAAAUUAGACCAGUCCCUGAAUACCAAAAGUAUGGCUCAGUAGCUUUCCCUAAUUUUGAACAAGGAGUAGCCUGUUUAAGAGAAAUUGCAAAACAGAGAUGUGCUCCGGCAUCUAUUCGCCUCAUGGACAACAAGCAGUUUCAGUUUGGUCAUGCUCUUAAACCUCAGGUUUCCUCUAUUUUUACAUCAUUUUUGGAUGGAUUAAAAAAGUUUUAUAUUACAAAGUUUAAAGGAUUUGACCCAAAUCAGCUAAGUGUAGCCACAUUACUGUUUGAGGGGGACCGUGAGAAGGUUCUUCAACAUGAAAAACAAGUGUAUGAUAUUGCUGCAAAAUUUGGUGGGUUGGCAGCUGGAGAAGAUAAUGGACAGAGGGGUUAUUUGCUGACCUAUGUCAUUGCAUACAUUCGAGACUUGGCUUUGGAAUACUAUGUAUUAGGAGAAUCUUUUGAGACUUCUGCUCCUUGGGACAGGGUGGUAGAUCUCUGUAGAAAUGUAAAAGAAAGAAUAACAAGGGAAUGCAAAGAGAAGGGUGUUCAGUUUGCUCCUUUUUCUACAUGCAGGGUGACACAGACUUACGAUGCAGGUGCAUGUAUCUACUUCUAUUUUGCCUUUAACUACAGGGGAAUUAGUGACCCACUGACCGUGUUUGAACAAACUGAGGCAGCUGCUAGAGAAGAAAUCCUUGCUAAUGGAGGGAGCCUGUCACAUCACCAUGGAGUGGGCAAGUUACGGAAGCAGUGGCUAAAAGAAAGUAUCUCUGAUGUCGGCUUUGGGAUGCUGAAGUCUGUCAAGGAAUAUGUGGACCCCAAUAACAUCUUUGGAAACAGAAACCUUUUAUAAAUCCAUUAGUAUCAUUACAAAAAAAUGUCAAUUUUUUUUUAAGUUUUCAACUGUGGUUAUACUAGUAAUCAAAUAUAUCAUGGACUAUAUUUUGGAUACAUUUGUUUGUUGGUUUAAAAUAAGUUUGUUUUCAUUCUGUAGUUUGUUUUGUUUCUACAUCUAUGGAUUGACAGAUGGUAUUCCUAAAUCUCUCUCAUUGUAGGUAUGUCAUUUUACAGCCAACGGUUGUCAUUUCAAAUUUUAGUCAGGCAGCACAAAGCUGCCAAUUAUUCCAGAGGAAGCUGCUGCCAGCUGUUUUGUAUUGUUGCUUCCUCUUGGGGAACAAAGGCAGAUUUGGUAUCAUUGAUUGCUUAGCUAGCCUCUUUUUAAAAGAACGUUUCUGGGAAUCAGAUGUCUAGGGAAGGAUUCCACUGAGGAGUGAUACACGUGUACAUUGUUUAAGAGCAUAGUCUGGUGUGAGUAGGCCAUUAAGGGGAAGGACAUUCAUGAAAGAAUUUAGGCAACCUGUUAUUUAGAAAGCCUUCACGUCUGUAAGGUGCUUGGCCUACGUUUUGUUGUUGUUUUUUUUUUGGAAUUAGUAUACAUGCAUAAAACCUUGUAUCAUCAAUAUACAAAGUAUUCUGUUAGGGGACAUGUUUUUGUUCUCCAUGUUUCUGUUUCUAUUGAGGUAUGAGUUGUAUUUGUAUCACUGAGAUAACCUAUUGUUAUAUUCUAAUUCAUUGAUAAUAUGUUUUGUAAGAAAAGCUGACAUCCCUCAUUGCAAAUGAAGAACAGGUUUACCAUGAAAUGAAUGCCUUUAUUCAACUUAGAGUCCUAAUGUUUCUGAUUUCACAUUCUUGUUGCUGAAAUGCAGAAGAAACAGCUACAGCAGGAGCAGAAGGAAAACUCUUAGACUUAAUGUCUCCAAUGCAAGAAUUGUUUCGCUAAAGAAACAGUCAUCAUUCAACUACUGAAUUUGAAAGCCUCAGCAGUUUCAAUGACAAAAAUCAUUUUUGCUUUUUUAAAAUCAAUCCCAAUGGCAUGAUAAAUUUUCAUAUAAAAAGUAAAGUUUCAAUUUAGUUUUUAAUAAUGGUUUAAUGACUUUUUUGAAUAACUGGUUUAACCUAAUUUUUUUUAAAUGUAAUGUAUUAAUGCAUAUACCAUAAUCAAAAGUUUGAAAUAUCCUGUUUCUUAAAUAAUGAGAACAUUAAUCACAUUUAGCAAGCAUUUGUACAUUCAAACCUGGAUAUUAAAGUGAAAUGAUUACUUUGAA